UUGGGAACUAAAUAAGUACCCCCGGCUGGUGCGUUGUAGGAAGCACGUAACCAGAAGCUGGGGAGUGUUGGGCGGGGCCAGGCGGCGCUUAUCCAAGGAACCAGGAAGAAGUGACAGGAACUUCCACCAUUCCCUGUUGGACUCAGGAGCCGCGCGGUCCGGAACUGCACGAGGAAGACCCGGCCGGGUCCUCGGGACCUGAAAUCUCCCGGAGCCGCAGUCUCCGCGCGGGCGGCCUGGGAAAGUCACAGUCACAGCGCAGUGGCGGGAACCGCAGCCCGGCGGCCCUGGAACCUCCCAGGAUUCGUUGUAGAGGUCCUUGAGUGUGGACACUUGACUCUGUAGGAGGGGAUUCCAGUGAGUAUUAGAAAACUCAGAGAAAAGCAAUAAGAAUGAAUUCUUUGAUAAAUGCUCCCCAGGGUCUGUUAUCAUUCAGGAAUGUGGAUGUGGACUUCUCAAAGGAGGAAUGGGAAUAUCUAGACUGUGCUCAGAGGACAUUGUACAUGGAUGUGAUGUUAGAGAAUUACAACAAUCUAGUCUUUGUGGUACUGGCCCAGCAUGAUUUGAAUCCUAACACUAUGGAUGCCAAUGCAAGAGUAUAUGAGUACCACCGUAUAUGUGAUAAAUAUGGGAAGGUCUUGGAUCAAGGUACAAAACAUAUUGUUCAUGAGCAUGUGAAUGUCCAAAAGAAGGCUUAUAAAUGUAAUGAUAUGGACAAAAUGAUUCAUGAACUCUCCCUGUGUGCACCAUAUGACACAAGUGAUACUACAGAAAAUUGCAACAAGUACAGAUUUGCUACCCACAGUCAUGCCUCUAUUGAAUCAUCAAACAUAAACAGACAUAAAAGUUGGAAGACUGGAGAAGAACACUGCAAAUAUAAAGACUGUAUGAACUGUUUAAAUUUCUGUUCCAUGGUUAUUGAAAAUCAAAGAAUCCAUACAGAAAAUAAAGAACACAAAAGUACAAAGUAUGAUAAAGUAUUUGACUCUAAACACAUGCUGAAACAAAUCUAUAGUCGAAAGAAACCACACCAAUGUAGGAAAUGUGGAAAAAACUUCAAGAUGUACUCAAGCCUCAGUGGACAUCAGAGAUCACAUACAACAGGAAAACCCUAUAAAUGUACAAAAUGUAGCAAAUCCUUUCUGCAUUUAUCACAACUCAAAGUACAUUACAAGAUCCACUGGGAAGGAAAUUCCUACAAAUUGUCAGAAUGUGGUAAGUGCUUUUAUCAUACAUCAGGCUUUGAAAGACAAUACAGGAUUCAAACUGGAGAGAAAAUUUACAGAUGUAAUGAAUGUGGCAAGACCCUUUCCACCUCCUCAAAUCUUAAAGCACACCAGAGAAUUCACACAGAGAACAAACCUUACCAAUGUAAUGAAUGUGAGAAAUCCUUUACUCAGAAAAGCAAUCUUAUAACUCAUCAGAGAAUACACACAGGAGAGAAACCUUACAAAUGUAGUGAAUGUGACAAAUGCUUUAUCCAUGGUGCAAAUCUUAGAAGACAUCAGGUAGUUCAUACAGGAGUUAAACCUUACAAAUGUAGUGAAUGUGACAAAUCCUUUACCCAGAAAGACAGUCUUAGAACUCAUCAGAGAAUCCACACAGGAGAGAAACCUUUCAAAUGUAGUGAAUGUGAGAAAUCUUUUUCCAAGAGAGACCAUCUUAAAACUCAUCAGAGAAUCCAUACAGGAGAGAAACCUUACAAGUGUGGUGAAUGUGACAAGUCCUUUAUCAUGAAAGUCCUCCUUAGAAUUCAUCAAAGAAUACAUACAGGAGAGAAACCUUAUAAGUGUAAUGAAUGUGACAAAUCCUUUACCCAAAAAUGUCAACUUAGAAAUCAUCAGAGAAUUCAUUCAGGAGAAAAGCCUUUCAAAUGUAGUGAAUGUUUCAAAUCCUUUGCCCUGAAACGCAAUCUUACAACUCAUCAGAGAAUACAUACAGGAGAGAAACCUUACAAAUGUACUGAAUGUGACAAAUACUUUUCUAAGAAAGUCAAUCUUAAAACUCAUCAGAGAAUUCAUACAGGAGAGAAAGCUUACACAUGUAGUCAAUGUGACAGAUCUUUUACUGAGAGAAGCAGUCUUAGAAUUCAUCAGAGAAUCCAUACAGGAGAGAAACCUUACAAAUGUACUGAAUGUGACAAAUCCUUUACCCAGAAUUGCAGUCUCAGAACUCAUCAGAGAAUUCAUUCAGGAGAGAAGCCUUACAAAUGUACUGAAUGUGACAGAUCCUUUACUCUGAAAGGCAGUCUUAAAACUCAUCAGAAAAUACAUACAGGAGAGAAACCUUAUAAAUGCUGUGACUGUGACAAAUCCUUCAGGAGUGCCUCAUCUCUUAGAACACAUCAGAGAAUUCAUUCAGGAGAAAAGCCUUAUGAAUGUAGUCAAUGUGAGAAAUCUUUUAAUCAGAAAACGAGCCUUAGAAAACAUCAAAAAAUUCAUAACAGAGAAGCCCUACAAGUGUAAGGUAUAUCAAAAUGACAAAUGUGUUUCUAAGAAAGCCAGUCUUAGAAUACACCAGAGCAUUCACAGGAGAGAACUC